AUGCUCUCUCUCCGCCCCUCCCAGUCUCUAUCUUUCACAACCAAAUAUUCUUCCGACAAACAAAACGACAGCACCACCGACGAGCAAAACGACAACAGAAUCAUAUACCCACCACCGCCACCUCCCGCGCCACAGCAGUCGGAGAAGAAGUCGUUUGCUGUUGCCACCGGUGAACUUUUCUUGGGAAUUGCGUCAAGGGUUUUGAGACGCGGCAAUAAAAUUAGUAGUAGUAAUAAUAAUGGGAAUGUUGAUUAUGAGGAGAGGAUUGGGGCUGUAAUGGAGGAUGAUGUUGAGCCUGGGGUUAUAUGGGAACAAAGAGUUAAAGAUAUUGAAGCGGAGAAAGAACGACCUGUCAUUACAAGUCCUGGCUUUAGUUUCUCUGCUGCUGGCUUGCUGUUUCCUUAUCAUCUUGGUGUUGCUCACUUACUUAUAGAAAAGGGUUAUAUUAAGGAAACCACACCAUUAGCUGGUUCCUCUGCAGGCGCUAUAGUAUGUGCUGUCGUUGCCUCUGGGGCUAGUAUGCAUGAGGCUUUAACGGUUACCAAAGUAUUGGCUGAAGAUUGUAGGCUAAAUGGGACUGCUUUUCGGCUUGGGAAUGUAGUGGUCAUUUGCAUAGCUUAUACCUACAUAAGGGCAAGUUUCUUAAUAAACCUUGCUGUUCUGCGGGAUGUUCUUGAGAAGUUUCUACCAGAUGAUGUUCACAUUAGAUCCAGUGGGAGGGUUCGAGUUUUGUCCGUUCUGAGGCUUGCCUGGGUUGAGGUUCACCUUGAUCCUUGUGCCGUGCCUGCUUAUUGGGUCGUAACAGGAGUGAUAGUGGAGUGGUACUUGGUUUGGAUGUGUGGUGCUUUGAUGGAAGAUGUGGAUUCAAUUUUGGCUGAACCAUCUGACAUUUUGCAUCCUUGGACACCUGCUCUUAGUUUUAGGACAGGUGUUGCUGUCACUCAGAUUCUGUGGAGACCUAGGGGUUUGCUAGUGGAUCAGUUUGACUCGAAGGAAGAUCUCAUUAAUGCAGUUGUCACUUCUUCCUUCAUUCCAGGAUAUCUUGCACCAAGGCCUGCCACAAUGUUCCGGAAUCGACUUUGCAUUGAUGGUGGUUUGACAUUGUUUAUGCCACCAACAUCUGCUGCUAAGACGGUUCGUGUUUGUGCUUUCCCUGCCAGCCGAAUGGGACUGCAAGGGAUCGGGAUUAGUCCGGAUUGCAAUCCUGAAAAUAGGGCUAGCCCGAGAGAGCUUUUCAAUUGGGCAUUGGAGCCAGCAGAAGAUCAUAUUCUUGACAGGCUUUUCGAGCUUGGAUAUUUAGACGCGGCUGUGUGGGCUGAGGAGAACCCAGUCCAGAAUGUUGUUCAAGAUGACAGUACAUUGGUUGAAAAUGGCUCUAGUAGCUCACCAUAA